UCCAAAACGAAAAACACGAAAAGGGUAGCCGAAGAAAACUUUGCCAAAGAUCGAUCAGCCAUGGAGUCGCUCCAAUUCCUGGCCUUUGUUUCUCUGACUGUUCUUCUUCCCUUGCUUUCAUUCUUCUUCCUCACCAGAACAUCAAAACAAUCUUCACCUUCCCCCAGUACCAUUACUACCCAGUUCCCAAAAUCCUACCCUUUAAUCGGUUCUACCUUUGCAGUGUACGCCAACCGAGAACGACGUAUGCAAUGGAUGACUGAUAUUCUGAAAAGCUCACCCUCCGCCACCUUCUUUCUCCACCGAUCCUUCGCCAGCUACGAGGUCAUCACGGCCAACCCUGCCGUCGUCCAGCAUAUCCUCAAGACCAAAUUCCAUAACUACGGCAAGGGAGACAAUUUCCACCGCGUCCUCAAAGACUUGCUCGGCUUCGGCAUCUUCAACGUGGACGGCGAGUCCUGGAAGUUUCAGAGACAAAUCUCCAGCCAUGAGUUCAACACCAAGUCUCUACGCAAGUUCGUCGAGACCGUCAUCGACACCGAACUCUGUGACCGCCUCAUCCCCAUCCUAUCCUCGGCUGCCGCCAAAACCGGAACUGUCCUAGACUUCCAGGAUAUUCUUCAGCGGUUCGCCUUCGACAAUAUAUGCAAAAUCGCUUUUGGGUUCGACCCUGCCUACUUGUUGCCCUCUCUUCCAAAAGCCAAAUUCGCCGAAGCUUUUGAGGAAGGCGUCAAGAUCAGCACCGAGAGGUUCCUUGCGGUAUUCCCCCUCUGGAAAAUCAAGAAGCUGUUAAAUAUUGGGUCCGAGAAACGUCUGAGAAUCGCAGUAUCGGAAAUUCGAGAAUACGCCACAAAGAUUAUAAGAGAAAAGAAGCACGAGCUCGGCGAGAAGGCCUCGCUCGAUUCAGCCGACCUCUUGUCAAGAUUCUUGAGCUCCGGCCAUUCGGACGAGAACUUCGUGACGGACAUAGUGAUAAGCUUCAUACUUGCCGGGCGUGACACUACCUCGUCGGCUUUGACAUGGUAUUUCUGGCUACUUUCCAAGAACCCACGUGUUGAGGCUGAGGUUCUGAAGGAAAUCAGAGAAAAAUCCGAAUCUCCUAUUUUUGACGAAGUCAAAGACAUGGUGUACACCCACGCUUCUUUGUGCGAAAGCAUGCGGCUAUACCCGCCCGUCGCUGUAGACAUGAAGGAGGCCGCCAUCGACGACAUUUUGCCGGACGGGACGGUGGUGAAGAAAGGAAUGACAGUGACGUACCACCAAUACGCCAUGGGAAGGAUGGAGACGCUGUGGGGUGCGGACUGGGCAGAGUUUAAGCCGGAGCGAUGGCUGGAGAAGAGCGAGGAGGAGGAGAAGCAUUGGAGGUUCGUAGGAAGGGACGCAUACACAUACACAGUGUUCCAGGCGGGGCCGAGGAUUUGUCUGGGUAAGGAGAUGGCAUUCAUGCAGAUGAAGAGGUUGGUUGCAGGGAUUCUAAGGAGGUUCAAGGUGGUGCCGGUAAUGGAAGAAGGUUUUGUGCCGGUGUUUGUACCGUACUUGACUUCCAAAAUGAAAGGUGGGCUUCCGGUGAGGAUUGUUGAGAGGGAUAUUGAUGCGGAAGAGUGACAUGCAUGCACCCAAACAUGCCUUGAUAAUCUCAUGUACUACAAAUAUUUUAGUGUGUUUUUUAAUAUCCCCAUGUUUAAUUCUUAGAAUAUUAAUUUGUUUGAUGUAAUUAUAGAAUCUUUCCAUUUGAAUCAUAAUUUUUCUACAGAAAUCUUCGAAUGUAUUAUGAUUAAUUUAAAAACAUAGUAAUUAUCAAAAAAUGAGAUGAGGUGUA